UUUCGAACUCCGAGCAAUAUGCAUAUAAUCAUCUCAAUGAAGGUACUACAAUGUUCUCGCCGCAUCUCGACAAUCGAAGGCAUCUCAAUCCAGCAACCAAAUCUUCAAACAAAAGAGUAUUUCCAAAACGUCACGUCCCGUUACAGCUGCCAUAGAAAAUGUCUGCCCUUAGUUUCACAUCUUACCUUUCACACCAAAUUGCACACACGGAUGACUUCACAGAAUCAGCAGCUCUUCAAACUGUGCAAAGAGUCACACUUGGGAUGCUGCACAUGGUUGAUAGCAAGAAACCAUCUUCCACAGCCAUUCAGCUUGCCAAAGAUAGAGCAGCAACCCCUGCGGCUCCAACUCCAACCUUAUCUCCUCCAACUAUCUCCAGUCUGAUCAACACAGAGAAACUCAUUCUCCCCACCCGUCUAGCCAGCUUCCUGACAUUCACAUCUCGAUUCUCCCAUUCUUACGCAAGCAAUUUCUACGCUGCAUGCACCGAUCUAGCUAUCCUCGAAACCAUCUCUCUGACUCCCCGUGGAGAAAGAGAAGAUGAAAUCCAAGAUUGGAUUGAAGAACAAAUUCCUUUGGCGCAGCUUGGAUAUUUCAAAGCGAAGAAGAGGAAUAUGCUGGAGAAAGUUAUGUUGGAAACAGUCAUUGGUGGGGUGCAAAUCGGGUUGGUGAUGGGUAUGGGGACUUUGAGAAAUGCGCUGGAGGAGCUUGACGCGGAAUGGGAUGAGGUUGGAGGCGAGGCGAAGCGAUCGAGUGCGAGUAUGAAGUCGGGAGAUAAGAAGAGGUUGGAGGAGUGGAUCACGGAAGGGGUGGAUUUCAUUGCCGAUUUAGAGGUUUUGAAGGAGGUUAUUGGAGAAAGGUACGCAGGUCCUGUUGGAGAUGGGUACAAGAAAUUGGCGACGGACAUGUGUACUGAGGGAAUCGGGAGUCAAUCCGAGGCUCGCGGUGAGAGUGGGAGCCCAGAAAGUUUUGUGAGUGUUGGAGAUGAAUCGAAGGUCUACGGUCCAGCCCCAGCCAUCCCCGAGAGGUCAAGCAAGAGAAUGGCUCAGUACCUAGGUAGAUAGAGCAGAGUAGUUUGUACUGUGGAAUGACUGAAUAAAACAUCCAUAAAAUGGAAAAUACGUAGUUGGAAGCGACCGUGGUCUCUCUGCCAGCAGAUCUCAAGAAGAAA